CACAAACAACCAGUUUGACAGGAACCGUGGCGCGCGGUGGUAGUGUCGCUUUGUUUCGUAAAGUAACAUUGAUAAUAUCAAUGUUUAUAAACAGAUUUUGAUAAGAAACAGAAAUCAAAACGUCUAUUCAUGAAUAAAAUCAAAGAGUUUCGUAGAUUUACAUGUUAAUUCGCGAGUUUAUUUCGUUUUUCUGUUGGAUUUGUACGUUUUAUUCGAGUGUGUAAUCUUGUAUCGGCGAGAACUCAGCAUCGUUGAUUCUGUUGGGACGGUGGAUGAAAAUGUGAAACAAAUGUGUGUUUGUGAACUUUACGUGGUGCUGGACUUGGAGUUGGUACUUUGAGACGUUUGUGGUGGUCAGAGCUGGGCCAAUAUGAGGUGUUUUGUGUUCGUGUUACUAUUGCCUGCGUGCCUGGCACACCUCAAUGUUUACCUGAGUAGCGCCGAAGUGUGGAGGUUAUUGGGUUUGACCGCUGAGCUGUUCUACGUCCGAGAUGGCCAGAUCAACGAGUAUGCGCUUAACUUCGUGGUGCCUGUUCCUGCUACCAUCACCGACCUGCAUUUCACCUGGCAAAGCCUUACUAGGAAACCGUUACCAUACACACUACACGUGGACGUAACGGAUCCACAGAAUGCUAUGCACCCGCCUACCGUCAAUAUAUCAAACGAGGGCUUCGUGCCGACAGAGCCACAAACAUGGCGAGUGGACUUGCCUUGUACGCACACUGUCGCCGCUGAAGUAGACAUCAUUAUAUUCCUGAACGUAUCAACGGGUUCCUCUUCGUCUGCAUUGCGAUUUAGACGGAAGAAAAUAUGUCUAAAGGAGGCACCGAGACCGGCUGUCAGAGUGGAUAGUGUCCCGCACGCGCCUACGUCUGCCGAUAUAUUUUACGCGGGAGCUGGUUGUGCUGGCGGAGCGCUACUUAUAGCUGCAGUGGCCGCUGCAGCUUGUCGGGCACGAGCGCGAAAGUUACGACGCGCAAGAAGCGAUGAACAAGACGCUCACGCUUUCUUACCAGACUCCUCCUGUAAGUCUGCCGCCAGUUAUACCAGCUACCGACGCCCUACCUCACUGCCUGCUGCGGCAGCUGAAGAGAAAGCUAGAGACCUACAGCAAAGAAUAGCGGAACUGACGAUACAACGGUGCCGAGUGAGAUUGCGUUCUGUGGCCAUGGAAGGAACCUUUGGACGUGUGUAUAGAGGAACCUAUGCUGACGAAGAUGCAAGAGAACAAGAAGUACUGGUGAAGACUGUUGCUGAACACGCUUCUCAAGUACAGGUGUCGCUGCUACUUCAGGAGGGCUGCAUGUUAUACGGACUUCAUCACGAACGGGUAUUGUCGGUCUUGGGUGUCAGUAUAGAAGACCAAACAGCUCCAUUCUUGUUAUACCCAUGGAACUCGACAUGGCGGAACUUGAAGCAGUUCCUUUUGGCCUGUCGUGGAGUGACGGUGGGAGGUGCAGCGGGCGGGGCGCCACCACCGCCGCCUCUGACGACACAACACGUGGUCCGGAUGGCUCUGCAUGCGCUGGAUGGACUACUCUACCUUCAUUCUCAGCAUGUCUUGCAUAAAGACAUCGCUGCUAGGAAUUGCAUAGUUGACGAAAAUCUCCGAGUGAUGAUUGCGGACAACGCUCUGUCAAGAGACUUAUUCCCUGCUGACUACCAUUGUCUCGGUGACAAUGAGAACAGGCCAAUCAAAUGGUUGGCACUAGAAGCUCUAACGAAGAGACAGUUCAGCCCAGCUGCUGAUGUUUGGGCUCUAGGAGUAUUACUAUGGGAGCUGACGACGUUAGCGCAUCAGCCUUAUGCUGAGGUGGAUCCCUUCGAAGUAGCUGCCUAUUUAAGGGACGGCUACCGGUUACAGCAGCCAGCCAACUGCCCAGAUGAAUUAUUCGCGGUGAUGGCGUACUGUUGGGCGAUGUCGCCCGACGACCGGCCGACGUUGCCGCAGCUUCAGAUCUUCCUGCGGGACUUCCACACGCAACUCACGAGAUUCGUGUAAACCAUUCCUUAGAAACUUUUAAAGACAUCCCAAAGACGACAAUAAAGUGUUAAGUAACUACUUCAAGUUGAGAUGUUGGACAAGAGGCCUUACAGUGAAGUGCGAGUGACAGUGUUUGUGUACAGUGACAAAGUUAAAGAGACUGAUUUUUAUACGUUUAUUGAGUUGUAAAUUAUUUUAUUCACAUAGUUAUCACAUAUUUAGUUUUUAUCUUGUCGUGCUUUAUUUUACUAAGGAUUUACUGUUUUGGCCGUGAUUUCGAACAACCGUAUUAAUCUCCAAAAUGCUAUAUUAGCGAAAAUAAAAUGGUGAAGAAAUAACAGUAUGCCAUAUUUGAUUAAAGUGAGUACCAAAUGUAGUAAUUAUUCUAUUUAGCACGAUCUCAUUUAGUAGUGUUAUUUGUAACAAAUUACCAACAACAUAUGGCGAACGAACGCAGCGUAGCGGAUGAAGUAAGUGGAGUACGAUGUAUCAAGUAUUUAUUUAACAAAUUAUAGCCAAAACAGUAUUUCCUUUAAGUUCCUUCAAUACCGAGAUAAAUUCAUAUUUGUUUUGAUUUUUUAUGAUUCGAUAUUUGAACAUGGCUUAAAACUUCAUGUGAAAACAAAGAGAUUACAGCUUACAACCGCAUUUUUUGUUGGAACCGAAAAAUAUCAUCUUUGCCGAUUUUUCGGAUCAAACCAAAAGUCGUACCGGCUAAGAUGAUAUCAUUAUUAACCAUACAAGUAAUUUACAAACCCUUUAAUAGUGAUCCAACAUUUGAUACAAGUCUCUAAAGAUCUGUAGCUUAUAUUUAAUAUUAAAAAAAAAUGGGUGAAACAACAUACAAAUAUGUGAUAACUAUUGACAGAUACCAGUUGUCAGUUCCCUAAUUUAAUUAAAUCUAAAAGAAACAUUGUUUCAAAUUAGAAAAAUUGACAUUAUUAUAUUAUUUUGAACCUCGAUACUGCCAUAUUAGAAUUAAUAGUUGUACAUAAUUAUUAUUAUUAUAGGUGAUAGCGACUGUAUUGUAUAAUACGUAAUAUUGAAUGUGCCUCAGAGUUUAUCAAGACGUUUAUAAGUGUUUAGAGUAUUAUAUUAUUAUAUCUAUUGAUUAAGACUGGACUAGAACAAUUUUACUCAUUCAUAAACAAUUUAAUUACAUUUAUACUCUGCCUUACAAUACCUUCUCUAUGAUUCUUAAUUCAAAAAGUAGAUUUGAUAUCAACCUUUUUACUAAAAUUGUCUAUGGAGUAUUUAUUAUCUGUGCUACAUUUUUCUAUUAAAAAGUAUUGUAUUAGCUUUUGAAUGAAUAUAACGCUAUUGUGUUUCUGUAUAGAUUUUCUAUUUCAAAUCAUGUAUUAGCAAUUUAUAAUAUGUAUUGAUUAAUAAAUAAAGAAGUUAUUAAAUUGAAUCGUACAAUAGGGAAAGCACUGAAUAAAUUAAAACAGUAAGGAUUUGAAAUUAUGCCUACAAUGACAUGUUAAUUAAUAUUAUUGUUAAACAUGAGACUUAACGAUCAAGUUACUAAUUAUGUUAGUUAUUCGGAAACCUAUCAAUGCAAUGUAAUCGAGAAUAAAAUUUGUAGUAUCAAUAUUCUAGUUCUAGAAGUAUUCUUGUCAAUAAUUUUGUUAUUUCCAAAUAGAUUGAUACCUACUGAUAAUAUAUUGUAUACUUUGUCUGUUAUUGGGGCAGCGAUACAUUUUGUACAUGUGUAAAUAUUGUAAUACUACACAAAUGUGAAUAUAUGAGUGAUUAAUAUUCAA